CGCAUUCGAUCCUCGUAGGAACUUGUUACGUGGCAGUGUACUUACUCCAGAAUCAUGAAGAUCGCCCUAAUCCUCCUGGCUACGAUCCUGGCUACAGCUCUGGGAUAUCCUGCUCCCCCAGAAAAAGAAAGUAUAUUAACGAGGAUGGUGCGAGAGGCGUCACCAAAUCCAGGCCACUAUAAACACGGAGGAUUUAUCGCUGGAUAUGGUGGUGGUUACGGGCAUGGACAUGGACACGGUGGUCACGGUGGAUAUGGACCAAGUGGUUAUGGCGGUGGCUAUGGAGGUUAUGGUGGAUAUAGACCAAGUGGUUAUGGCGGUGGCUACGGAUUUUCUGGAAGCUCCGCUCACGCUGGCGCCAUUAGCUCGCCUUUUGGAAGCGCGGCGUUCGCGAGCGCUAAAGCAGGAGCCACUGGAUACGGACGAUGAUAAACCAAGUGACAAUAAAGGCCAGUUACAAUGUUUAAUUCGAUUGCUCACAUAUGUACAAUAACUUCACAUUUGUAACCACUUUUGUAUAAUAAAUUUUUAUACCAUUCAAUUGUUCUGCAACUACCUCGUAACGAUAUUGUAUUUAAUGUUCCAAUUCGUAUUGUUCACAACUAUGACGCAUGGAAAUAAAUUAUUUAU